UUCAAGAGGACAGAGACCUGAACAGCAAGAGAACUUCUCUCUUUUGGACUGUGAACACAAGACAACGCCGAAGUUUUAAGAGGAUCAUUGACAGAUCCGCACCUCAACAUGGGCCUCCCAACUUGGGUUUUGGCCUUGGUAGCCAUAUCUUUAUUCAAUCAACAUGUUAGGGGUGGACUCAUCAAAAGAAUCAUUCGACAGAAACGGGAAACAGGGAUCAAUGCCACAUUGCCCGAGGACAACCAGCCGGUGGUCUUCAACCACGUCUACAACAUUAAUGUCCCUGUGGGCUCCCUGUGCGCUGUGGACUUAGAUCCAUCAAGUGGGGACUCAGAACUCAAAGCUCAGACUGAGCCAAGCAAACACUAUCAGGAGCAUACGUUGAAUGAGGAUAAUCAGAUAGUCUUCACGCAUCGGAUAAACAUCCCCCGACAGGCGUGUGGCUGUGCGGCAGCUCCUGAUAUCAAGGACCUCAUAAGCCGGCUUGAAGAAUUGGAGGGACUGGUGUCUUCUCUGCGGGACCAAUGCAACAGUGGAGUUGGGUGCUGUCCCAAUGCCCAGACAGCAGAAGGUAGGAUUGAGAUAGACAUGAUGGAUCUGGUUUGUAUGUUUACAUUUGUAAAUGUGUUUGGAGUGCAGAACCUUUUUGUUCUCAGUGUUUAUGACUGAUGCGGUUUGACCUCAUCAGAAGGACCACAUUCUUCC